AUGGAACGGGAACCGAAGAAACAUUCUGCCUGCGAUGAGUGCCGUGCGCGAAAGCUCAAAUGUUCUGGGAAUCACUCUGGCUGCGAGCGAUGCCACAAAGAUAAAGUAGCAUGCGUGUACUCAAUCCAGAAGCCUAUGGGGAGGCCUCGGAAAAGGCGCAGAGGCGGCGAUACGGCAGAUGAUGAGCAGGCUCAGUAUUCUUCACAGAUACCUGCGGAGCUUUCAAUAGUAGAACCAUCUUCCAAUCGCCAUCACAACCACAAUCACAUCGUGGGUCCCGAGCAAGGUAACGCUCUAGAGACACUCUUUGUGGACCAUGAAACCUUCGACCCCAACGCAGCCCCUACCGGUUUAUUUGACCUGGAAGCUCAACCCGCAAGCGCGAUUCUCGGAAUAUCUGAGGGCCCCGUAUCACCUCCUAACCGUAACUCUACCCUCCGUCUUCGCACAGGCGAGCCCUCGCCGUUCCAUCUAAGGGACACACCAGCAGAAACCUUCGUCCUCAGCGACAGACUGGCGGCCUAUUUCCCCGGAAUAGAGGAAAGACCGCUUCCAACAUCAUGUUCUUGCUUGUCUUCCUUUUUUUCAAUAAUCUCGACGCUUCGAAUUCCACCACCUACACAUUCUGUCUCACUCCCAUACGCCCUCCAGACUUCAGAUGCAGCUCUUCAAGCUGCUCAGGCUUCGUUCAACUGCGAGUCCUGUCACUCAAACGUUCAGGCCACCUAUAUCACAAACAUGUUGCUGGGAAUUCAGCUGCCGCUGCUUUGUCAGUUCUACCAUAGGGUAUUGGCGUCUGUAGAGGCUACCACCGAUCCGCAAUAUGUAGUUAUGGGCGAUGGACAAGCAAUGCAACUCGAUCCUGAACAGUGGAAGAUUAUGGCCAGAACCGCCAUAAGGAAGGAAGCUAUGAAAGUGCUGGAAAUUGUGAAGCAAUUGGAGAUACUGGCGGGGCAGUUCCAUGGCGUACCGGCGUCUAGGGUUGGACAUCUCACGGAUAGGUGGGGCAACGAACCGCUUUGUAUAAGGAUUUUAAAGACCAUCAAGGCAGUCGCCGAGUAUAUCGCACUCCGAUAA